AUGGAUAAAAUCAGACCCCUGGCGGAGCUCCCGAAUGGGAAAAAAAUCUAUAGUAUCUGUGGCCAAAAGUUCGAGGUCCCCCCCCCGUACGCCCUGACCAAGCAGAUUGGCGUCGGGGCGUACGGGAUUGUCUGUGCGGCCCAAGUCGUGAAUACGGCGGAGAAAGUCGCCAUCAAGAAGAUCCCCCGCGCCCUGGACGACCUGCGCGAGGGCAAGCGCAUUCUUCGCGAGAUGGAGAUCAUGACGACGCUGCGGCACGCCAACCUGAUCCGGCUCCACCACUUCCUGCGGCCGCAGUCCAAGGCGACCUUCGAGGACAUCUACCUCGUGAUGGACCUCUACGACGCGGACCUGCACCGCAUCAUCAAGAGCGGCCAGGCCCUCACGACGGAGCACCACCAGUACUUCAUGGUCCAGGCCUUCCGCGGCCUGCACCACCUGCACUCCGCCAAGGUCAUGCACCGCGAUAUGAAGCCGAGCAACCUCCUCGUGAACGCGGACUGCGCGCUGGCGAUCUGCGAUUUCGGGCUCGCGCGAGACGACCAGCGCGGGCCCGCCGCGGACCUCACGCAGUACGUCGUGACCCGCUGGUAUCGCCCGCCGGAGGUGCUCGGGAUGGGGCCGCGGCCCUACACCAACGCCGUCGACGUCUGGAGCCUGGGCCUGAUCUUCGCCGAGCUCAUCGUCGGCCGGACCUUGCUCCCGGGGUCGGACUAUAUUAAGCAGCUGAUGUUGAUUAUGAACCUGCUGGGGACUCCGUCGGGGGAGGAUUUGGAGGUGCUGAGCCCCGAGGCUCGGACUUUCCUCGCGGCCCAACCAAAACACCCCGCGCGGCCCUUUAAGGAACUCUUUCCUAUGGCCACCCCGGAGGUGUGCGAUUUGCUCUCGAAGCUUUUGGUCUUUCACCCCGAAAAGCGUAUUAGCGCGAAGGAGGUGAUUGAGCACCCCUAUUUCAAGAAAUUCCGCGAUCCGGCGCAAGAGGCGGGGGCGGAGAACCCAUUUGUCUCGAAGUACAAUCGGGAGUACACCGCGGAGACGCUUCGGAACGCUCUCUGGGAUUUAAUUGUGGAGAACUCCCCACCUGCUGGCUGA